UAGGAAGAUGGCGGAAGAAGUUUGUAGGAAUUUCUUAGAAAGGAAAUGAGUAAUUAAAAGUGUAAAGGCGGAAUGAUGUCAAUCGUAAAUAUCAAAGUAACUUAAUAUGAAUGUAACAACUCUGUUAUCAUGGCAACUAAUGAAUUCGAAGCCAAUAAGCAAAUUUGCACAGCUGUUGGUCAGUUUUGGACCUGUUGUCUUCCAGAUCAAGUGGUGACAAUUAGUGAUUACACUAUCUCUAAAAUGGCAUUUGGCAGCAAACAUUGUUUAUUUAUUACAGAACAAGGAAAUGUAUAUAGUUUUGGAGAAGGUAAAUAUGGACAGCUUGGAUUGGGAGAUACAGAAGAUCGUUUAUCUGAACCCUGUCUUAUAAAAUGUCUUCAUAAAAUAGAAAACAUUGCGUGUGGUCCUUACUUUUCGGCAGCUCUAUCUUCAGAUGGAAAAAUAUAUAUGUGGGGUGAUAAUAGAAAUCAACAAUGUGGACAAGAAAAACCUGAAAAAAUAUUAUCUCCAACUGAAAUUGAUUUUUCUAAUGUUAGUUCAAACUGUGAAAAAUGUGGCGUAUUAUUAAGUAAAAACAUAGCAAUAAAUAAAAUAUCCUGUGGUGCAUUUCAUACAUUAGCCAUUUCAAGUGAUUACGAAUUAUGGACUUGGGGUAGAGAAUUAGAUUUUACAUCAACAAACAUUUGUUAUCAUAAGCCAAAGAAAGUGGAAUUUCUAAAAACAAAAAGAGUAUUAUCUAUUGCCUGUGGAUAUACUCAUAGCUUAGCUGUUACAGAAAUAGAUUCAACUAAUUUUUCUAGUUUAACAUUAUGUAUUUCAUGUAAGAGUACUUCUACUUACAGUAAUCAAGUUUUUAAUAAAUGUAAUGAAGUUUGUCCCUUAGGCCUUCCUGUUGAGUCUGAGCAUCAGAAAACUUCAGAAGUUAGUAAUAAAGAUGAUGAAUGUAAUUUAGAAUCAAUAUCAGAAAAUGAAGUAUUAAAUUCAAAACAAGAAAAUGCUGAAAAUAUUGAUAUAGCAAUAAAUUCUACAUUCAAACAGGAAGAAAAUAUGUCAAAUCAAAAAGAAACUGUGGAAGAAUCAUUUCCUGUUAUUGAAUCAAAAAAUGAUUCAGAUAACCUUCUUGAAGAAAAUGAUAAAAAUGAAGAUGCUGCAGUAAUUCCCACAACUAAUUCUCAAUAUACAACAUCCAAUGUAUUAAAUCAUAUUAAAAAACGAUCAUCAUCAUUACUAGAUCAUGACUUAGCAAAAGAAUUUUUAGUAAGACAAUUCUCUGAACUUAUUCAACCUGUUGAAAAACGUCAUAUGAGUGAACCUAGUAAAAGUGAUGAAACAGACAAAAAAAGAUCUGAUUGGGAAUUGUUGUCUAUGAAAAGUGUUGUAGAUAAAGUAAAAACAACUGUAGAUAAAUUUAGUUUUGUUUCAAUUGGACAUAGAUUUAGUGAUUCACCACUUGAUAGUUCUCAAAGUAGUCAGGAAUCGUUUGAAAUCAUUGAAGUUGAUGGACCAUCCUCUGCAUUAUCAUCAUUAAUUGUAGAUGAUGGUUUGCAAACAGUGAAAAGGACAAAUUCUUUAAAAUCUGUAUUAGAAGCUAAGAUGUUUCAGAAACAAAAAAAUCGCAAAGGUAGCUUAGAAUCUCUUGCACCAGGUUAUGCUAGCCAUCAUAAAUUAAAAUAUCCUAGAAAGCAAAUUAAUACAAGACCAUGUAUUCAAACAGAAGUUUGGUCUUGGGGAGAAGGAAAAUAUGGAAAACUUGGCCAUGGUGAUGAGUUAAAUAGAUUUCAACCUAGUUGCAUCAAAUCUCUUUCUGGACAAGGUAUUGUUCGUGUUAUAGCUGGAAGUGAACAUUCUGUUGCUCUUACAGCAGACUGCAAAGUUUACACUUGGGGAAAAAAUGAUAGUAUGCAGCUUGGACAUAGUUUAAGUUCAAAAUCAGUGUUAUCACCUAAAAGUAUUGAACUAUCUCAGCAUCUGGUAUGGGAUAUAGCAGCUGGUGCCAAUCACACUUUAUUACUGACAGAUAUCAAGACAACUCAUAUAGCCCUUUUCUAUUGUGGUAGUCAUGACAGUGCAAAUAAUUCAGAAAGUUGCUCAUGUUUGAAGAGAAGAGGUCUUAUUCAACUCAAUAUUUUAAAAAAGAGUGGUUUAGUUACAAGGAUAUUUGCUGGUGGACCUUAUGCAGGAUGUGUUGUUGAUCAGCAAGGCAUUGGUGAAAUGCCUGUUCUACAUGAAUUUGCUGCAACAGAAAGAAGAUAUUAUAAUCAAUUACAGAUUAUUCUAUCAAAAGUAUUCACACCGAUGUUGAAAGAUGAUAAAAGUCAACAUUUACUUGAUAUUUCUCCAAUAUUUGCUGAUUCUGUUAAAUCCUUAAUUGGCCAAUUUGCUGAAAUGAUAGAUAUGGUUUCAUUGAAUGCAAAUGAUUUAACACUUCUUGUUCAGGGACAAUGUCAUUUUGAUUCUAUUUAUAUAUUAGAAAAUGAAGAAGAAUGGUUGAAUUUAUAUUUAAAUUACAUCAAAUCUCUCAGUGAUGUUAUUGCUGUUAAUGCACUAACUGCAUAUGGAAAACAUGUUGGUCCAUCUGUGACAAGUAUUGCACAUAAUAUCCUUGGAGAUAUUGGAUUAGAGCAAAAAAGCAUUCUUGAUAUCUUGAUUUAUUUAUUGCAUAUACCCAUUAAGAGAAUAAUGGAUUAUGUUAGAUUAUUUACAAGAAUUUCAGCAAUUGUUCCUAAGCAUAUUCCUGACAAAGAAAUAAACACAACAAUGUUAUGGAAACAUAUUUCAGAGAUAGCAAAUAGAGAACUUCAUCAAGCAGAAAUUACUAAAUUAUUUUGGGAUAAUUCUCCUCAAAAACUUGUGGAUACAUUUCGAUCACCUCAAAGAAGGUUGGUGAAAGAAAGUCGUACCCUUCCAUUAAAUUUGGCUUCAUCUGGUCGGUUUUCAUCACAUUUGUUUAUUCUUUUUAAUGAUGUUUUUGUACAUAGUCAGUUUGGAGGUCUUCAAAGUUAUCCAUUACAAUUAGUUUGGGUUGAACCAUUACCAGAUUCCAGUAAUUUGCAAAAUGCCAUUGUUUUAACAACACCGGAAGAAAUUUUGACUUUCACGUGUCCAUCUUCAAGUGAAAAGACAGAGUGGGUAUGUGCCUUAAAUCAAUCAAUCAAAAAAAUGCUUGAUGGUGAAAAAAGAAUAGAAGAUACCAUAACUUGGCUUACUAUGAAUCAUCGGCGAUUAUCUCCUCCAUUGGCAAGACAUGCAACUUAUGUAUUUAGUAAACAUUCUCUUUAUAAAGAUGCAAAAUAUUCAGGAAUGUGGCUAUGUGGUAAAUUACAUGGACAUGGAGAAAUGCUUUGGCCCGAUGGUCGGAAAUAUUUAGGGAAAUUCAGUCAAAAUAAUCAGCAUGGAGAAGGCCUGUAUAUGAUACCCAGUGGUGAACAAUUCAUAACUUACGAAGGUUAUUGGAAAGAGGGAAAACAAAAUGGAUUAGGUGUAGUAAAGUAUCCUAAUGGAGAUGUAUAUGAAGGUUUUUUUAAAGAUGGUUAUCGUCAUGGUCAUGGUGUACUCAAACUUGGCCAGUUUUUUUCUUCAGCAGCUAGUGUUUACAUUGGUCAGUGGGCAUUUAAUCAUCGUCAUGGUUACGGUGUUAUGGAUGACAUUCGUUCAGGAGAAAAAUAUAUGGGAAUGUGGCAAGAGGAUUGUAAACAUGGGAAUGGAAUGGUUGUAACUAUUGAUGGCAUUUACUAUGAGGGAAAUUUUGUUAUGAAUAAACUUUCUGGCUAUGGAGUAAUGAUUUUUGAAGAUAAUACAUGUUUUGAAGGUGAAUUGGGAGCAGGUGGUGUGCUUAAUGGAAAGGGUACUCUUCAUCUUUCCAAUGGUGAUAAAAUUGAAGGAUGUUUCACUGGAAAAUGUUGUGAUAGUUUUAAAAUACAAGGAAUCUAUCACAAGUCACAACAUCCAUUAACUCCAAUAUCAAACUUUCAUGAUAAAAAGAAAACAAAUCUAAGUUCAUUUGGCCAGUUGUGUGUGCCUGCAGAUAAGAAAUGGGAAGAUAUAUUUGGUCAUUGUUGUGAUAUGUUAGGUGUAGGGGGAGUCAAUCCUAAAAUAGACACUGAAAGAGCUUGGGAAGCAAUAGCUGUUGCAAUAAGCAAAAGAAAAAAAGAGCUUCAGUCCAAGAAAAGAUCUCAGCUUAAUCAAGAAGACAUCGAUAUUUUGGAACGUAUACCAAAAAUUGGCAUUGAAGAUGAGAAAUUAACAUUUGAUGGAUAUAAAGAAAUUGAGGAAUAUUUACAGAGAGCAUCUAAUUUCCAUUUUCAUCCAAUAGGAUUAUUAAUAGAAGGAUUGGUUGAUGUAUAUAGAGCUACUUAUUUGGGUAUUGGUGCUCAUCCACGUCUCUUACCACAUGCCAUAGCAGAAAUAAAUUCUUUUAUUAAACGAACAUAUUCAAUAAUAAGAAUAUUAUUUCCUGGACUUCCUCAUCCUGAUCAUCCAUUAUCAUUAAGUCCUGCCAAUUCUGAUGAAUGGAUUGCUUUAUCUGAUGUAGAAAAGGAGUCUAAUAGUGUUGUUGCAACUCCAGCAAGUCUCCUGCAUCCAAUCUUGUUACCUAGAAUUUACCCUCCAUUAUUCACACUCUAUGCUCUAUUCAAUGAGAAAGAGAAUGAAAAAUAUUGGGAACGUUUACUCAAAUGGAAUAAACAGUCAGAUGUAGCACUUAUGACUUUCCUGGGAGUAGACAUGAAAUUUUGGGUAACAUCAGAUGACGAUGCUAUUGGAGAACGUCGCCAGAGUCUAUGCAAAGUCAAGGAUAAAUAUUUUGCAACUGCAGUUGAAACUCUGCAACAUAUCAGCACUGCUUUUACACCAUUGAAUAAGUUGAAAGUAAUAUAUCAGACUUUCUACGAAAUAAAUAAGGAUGUCCAAACACAUUUAAGUUCAGACUUUUUGUGGAAGAUGGAUGACUUAUUUCCUGUCUUUCAGUACGUUGUAGUCAGAGCUCGAAUACGUCAUCUAGGCUCGGAAAUUCAUCUCAUAGACGACUUAAUGGAGCGACACCUCCAACAUGGCGAAUAUGGUAUCAUGUUUACUACUUUGAAAGCAUGCUACUUUCAAAUCAGGACAGAAAAAAUAGAUAAUAAUUAAUGUUGGCAGUACUUUUAUAAAGUAUAGGACGAACCUCACAGUUUUGCUCAAAUAAUUAGUCACAAAUUAAAUGGCAACGGACGAUGUUUAGAAUGGUAUUUAUAAAUAUUUUAAAAGUUUAUUUUUCUUCUAUAAAUUUGUACAAAUAAAGAGAAAAUUAUUUAACAGUUUUUGUAUGUAUAAUCAUAUUUAUUAAAUGUUGCUGUAUGCUUCAAACAAAGAACCAAAGUAAGCAAGCAUGCAGAAAAAAUUAGUAGCAUUUUUUUAAAGCUGGAAAAAAAGCAAUGAAAUAUUCUAGGUUUUAUAUUAUACAGAUUAUAUGUAUGUAAUUUACACAGAAGUUUAUGUAGAUAUUCAGCUUUUUGUAAAUG